GUCUGCCCGGUCACGUAACUCUGCGGCAUCACAAUCGCGUUAUUAACCUGCGGCGGAGCGGGGGGGUAGCGCAUUCAAGCGGCCCGGGACACGGAGCGGAGCGGCAGACUGGACCACGGGGAGCGGCGGCUGCUUUGGGCACGGACCGUUUGAAGAUGACGCACCAAUUUCCAGCGCUUUCUCCUGAGCAGAAGAAGGAAUUAAAUGAUAUUGCCCUGCAGAUUGUGUCACCCGGAAAGGGCAUCUUGGCUGCUGAUGAAUCUGUGGGGAGCAUGGCCAAGCGCCUGACCCAAAUCGGUGUGGAGAAUACGGAGGAAAAUCGCCGUUUCUACCGGCAGAUCCUGAUGACGGCUGAUGACCGGAUCAAGAACUAUAUCGGGGGCGUUAUCUUCUUCCACGAGACUCUGUACCAGAGCACUGAUGACGGGACGCCCUUCAUUAACGUCAUUAAAGAGAAGAACAUUCUGGCAGGGAUCAAGGUUGAUAAAGGCGUUGUCACCUUGUCUGGAACCAACGGCGAGACCACCACCCAAGGUUUGGAUGGAUUAGCGGAGCGUUGUGCUCAGUACAAGAAGGACGGUGCAGACUUUGCAAAGUGGCGCUGUGUACUGAAAAUCAGUGCAACAACCCCAUCUGCCCUCGCCAUCAUGGAGAACGCAAACGUCUUGGCCCGCUACGCCAGCAUCUGCCAGCAGAAUGGAAUCGUUCCUAUUGUGGAGCCAGAGAUCUUGCCUGACGGUGAUCACGACCUGAAACGAUGUCAGUAUGUCACAGAGAAGGUGUUGGGUGCUGUUUACAAAGCACUGAGUGACCAUCAUAUCUACCUGGAAGGUACUUUGCUGAAACCCAACAUGGUAACUCCUGGACAUUCGUGCCCUACCAAGUACAGCCCUGAGGAGAUUGCCACCGCCACGGUUACUGCACUGAGACGCACUGUUCCACCUGCCGUUCCAGGAAUCACAUUCCUAUCUGGAGGCCAGAGUGAGGAGGAGGCGACCAUCAAUCUCAACGCGAUCAAUAAAUGCCCACUGCCGAAACCAUGGGCUCUGACCUUCUCAUAUGGCCGAGCUUUGCAGGCCUCAGCACUGAACGCUUGGCGUGGAGAGAAGGAGAAUAUGCAGGCAGCACAGAAUGAGUUCAUGAAGCGAGCUGAGGUUAACAGUUUGGCCGCCCUUGGACAGUUUGAAGCAAGCAGUGAAGGUGAAGGCGCAGCCAGCCAAUCUCUCUACAUCGAAAAUCAUGCUUACUGAAGGGAAUAAAAUCAAUGAAAAACUAAUUCUACAAUAGGCUUUUCCUAAUCAGCUGACCCUCUGCUGCCUCGUACACCGUGAUCACACUGCCUGCCUGCAUUGUUAAUCUGCAUAGAUGUGACCCAAGUUUAAGAGAAUGAGCAAGACUACUCACUGUCCCUCCAUCUCCAAUAACCCCCCGUUCAUUUUGUUUCACCCUCUGUUGUGACCUUACAAUAGAAAUGAACAGCUCCUCAUUGGAUGUACUAACCUCUCAUAUAAUGCAGAGUGUUCUUGCUUCUCUGAAAGGUUUAAACCGUGUUAUAAUGUUAGCUGCCUUGCCUUUUAAUCACCCAGGCUUGUGAUGAACAACAACCUCCUUUAGAUCAGAUUUCAAUGCGGUUUGCUGUGUCAUAACGUGAAGUUGUUACCGUAGCUUGUCAGUGAAAUCCCAGAGGUGGCUAUACACUUGGAAAUUUAACACUAUUUAUUACUAAUCCAUACACCGUUAAGCAGACGGUGUUUCUCCCAGAAGAUGCACUGUUUGUCUAUUUAUUGUGUGUGGUGAAAACACACAACUGUAGAUGUGAUUAUGUGGGAGCACUGAGUAUUGUGUUAGAAAGUAUUUUGUUAUAUAUAACUGUACUGACUUUACAUCUAGUAGUUGCAAUAAACGGGGAAGAAACACUCAUAUCAUUCUCUGUUACUC